CGCCCCUAGGCGGGUGGAUCGGCGGCUCCGGCUCUGGGAGGCAGCGUGGCCGAGCGCAGGCCUGGGGAUCCGCGGACCUCCGCGGUCCUGUCACCGCCCUGGGCCCUAGCUGCGCCCGUGGGAAACUUUGCCCCGCGAAGUCCUCGGCCUGCCUGGCCGCACUGUGAGAGUCCGCCGUGCGCCCCUUGGGGCCCCGAACCCCUCUAGUGAUUGCCGCGCCACCCCGCACCCAGCAUCCGCGGCGCCGGGCCGCCAGGAUGCGCUACGCAGACCCCUCGGCCAACCGGGAUUUGUUGGGAAAUCGAACUUUGCUCUUCAUCUUCAUCUGCGCCUUCGCCUUGGUGACCUUGCUGCAACAGAUCCUGUACAGCAGGAGCUACAUCAGGAGAGGCCUCCAGUUUGGUUGGCAGAGGGGCGACCAGCUGGCCAAUUGGACGGGGCUCUUUAAUGCCAGUGACGGCCUACCAGUACAGAACAGCAGUGACUCCAGCUCCAGGUACUUUGAAUUUUACAAGGGGCCUUUAGAAUAUAACUCCACGCGAUGCCUGGAGCUGAGGCACGAGAUCCUGGAGGUGAAGGUGCUGUCCAUGGUGAAGCAGUCUGAGCUGUUCGACAGGUGGAGGAGCCUCCAGAUAUGCAAGUGGGCAAUGGACAUCUCUGAAGCCAACCAGUUCAAGUCCACCUUGUCCAGAUGCUGCAAUGCCCCUGACUUCCUCUUCACCACCCAGAAGAAUACCCCGUUAGGGACGAAUCUCAAGUAUGAGGUGGAGUCUAGUGGCAUCUACCACAUCAACCGGGAGAUCUUCCACAUGUUCCCCAAGGACAUGCCCUACUACCGAUCCCAGUUUAAGAAGUGCGCUGUGGUGGGCAAUGGAGGAAUCUUGAAGAACAGCGGCUGUGGGAGGGAGAUCAACAGUGCUGACUUUGUCUUCCGGUGCAACCUGCCCCCCAUCUCAGAGGAAUAUACCAUGGAUGUGGGGAUGAAGACAGACGUGGUCACUGUGAACCCCAGCAUCAUCUUUGAAAGGUUCCACAAGCUAGAGAAGUGGCGCCGGCCAUUCUACCGUGUGCUGCAGGUUUAUGAGAAUGCGUCUGUGCUGCUGCCUGCCUUCUACAACGUACAUAACACCGACAUGUCCAUCCGCGUCAAGUACGUGGUGGAUGACUUCGAGUCGACGCAGGCAGUCUACUACUUCCAUCCACAGUACCUGGCCAACGUGUCGCGCUACUGGCUCAGCUUAGGUGUACGCGCCAAGCGCAUCAGUACCGGGCUCAUCCUGGCCACUGCGGCACUGGAGCUCUGUGAGGAGGUGCACCUGUUCGGCUUCUGGGCCUUCCCCAUGAACCCCUCGGGCUUUUACAUCACGCACCACUACUACGACAACAUUAAGCCCCGGCCGGGCUUCCACGCCAUGCCCUCGGAGAUCUUCACCUUCCUGCACCUGCACAGCCGCGGCAUCCUCCGUGUGCACACGGGCCCCUGCAACUGCUGCUGACUCAGCAGGCCAGCUGUGGUAGACAGCUUCCUCUCCCCUUCACCUCCCUUCAGGGUCCCAGGCUACUGGCCUCAGGAUUUCAGCUUUGUCUUUGGGUCCUGACGCAGAGGCACGGUUAGGCACUCUGCCCAAGCAGAGUCAGCUCUGUCAUUAAGUCUGCUGAGCCUCCAUCCUGUGCCUCCAUCUAUCCAAGAAACUCACUGCUGGGGACCUCAUAAGCACAUUUCCACUCAGUUUCCACUUCCCAGAGAGCACAAACUGUAGUGGCCUCCUUGAAGCUAAGGCAGGCCCUGUGGAGAAUAAACUAGGGGGUGAGACAUUCACUUGACAGGAGCUGAGCACAGUCCAGGUUUCAUUCAGACCUCUGACUGUCCAAGUUUCAUACUAGGAACUCAGCCAUGAAUUACUGUCUAGAAUCUCAGAACUGACAGGCCAACCCUUCCAGUGAAGAAACAGUGGCCCAAUGUCAUGGUCACACUUGGUUGAGCUCAAAGUGCUUCAGGGAGAUCUUAUCAAGGCCUGUGUUAGCAUCUCCCUGACUCCAGGAGCUGAGAGCCAUGCUCUAAUAGUCCUUGUUCACACACAGCCUUGGUGCCUCUAGGUUCCAUCCUGCAUUUGACCUUUGGCAAGAAGGAAAUAAACCAGACCAGCCAUUUGCACUAAGAUAGCCAAGCCAAUGUUAUCGACUUGAUAAGUGCUUAGCAAUUUGCUUCCUCCUCUGACUCCUAUUUUUAGAUCUAUUUUAAUCAGGAGUUAUUUAUAAAGAUCUCCUCUUUAUGUCCCUGAAUACUCCUGCUAAAUUGUGUUCCUGAAUAGAAAUCAUCAGCUGGAAAGCACUUUGUCACGUGAGCCUAGUAGAUAGCAGCUAUCUGGGGGCAAUAUCUAUGAUGUCAGUAUCCCUGAGAUUUCUAUGAAGUUGGCACACCCAGGGCACAUGCCUGGUGCCUUCAGACACAGAGACUUACCAGGCCUGGGUUUUGGGAAGUCACCUUUGCCUAGGCCAAGAGGUUCAUGUAUCAUUUCAAAUCUGAA